AUGUUGAAAUUUGCUCAAAAUGGUGAUUUAUCAAGUUUGAAAAACUCUAUCGAAUGUGGUGCAGAUAUAAAUUAUCAAGAUAAAUUUGGUUGGACAGCUUUGAUGUGUGCGUCAGUUGAAAGUCAUGUGACUACAGUACGCUUCUUGUUAAAGAUCGGUGCUGAUACAAAUGUUACUAAUAAUUCUAAGCAAACCGCAAUCGAUUUGGCUCGAAAAUCCAAGCGAUCUAAAAUUGUUGAUAUUUUAGAGAAGUGGGAUCCAGAUUCUGAUUUAAAGAAAAAGUCAAAGGUGAUAAAAACCGAAACUUAUUUUUGUGAGAUUUGUGAAGUGGAAUACUCGGACAAAAUUAAGCAUGAAAGUUCCACAGCUCAUCUUUUUAAUCGGCAGCUGAAACCAUCUGCCCCUCAUUUUACCAUCCCUGAAUCUAAUAAAGGAUUCCAACUGAUGCUCAAACAUGGAUGGAACAAAACAACAGGGCUGGGUUCAAAAGGUCAAGGUCCCAAAUAUCCUGUGAAAACUGUACUCAAGAGAGAUCGGCAAGGCUUUGGUGGUGAAACAAAGCAGAAAUCGAAAGUGACUCAUUUUGAUGCUAAUGAUGCCAGUGCGGUAGAGAGAUGUAAAAAGAACAGCGAAAGGCGUGUUUCUGUACGGACUCUGUCAAGACGUGAAGCUCGAUAUCGAGAAAAGAAAGAUAAGAAUUGGGAACGUGAAAUGAGACGAUAUUUUAAUUCAGAUUAA